AUGGAUCAGGAUGUUUCCUCUAACCCCUCUCUUUGCUCUCUCUGUUCAGCUCCGUGUGUGCCGCAGAACGUACAGAGCAACCUCGACUGUCUGUCUGCUGUCCUCAACGUUACCUGGCAGUCGGCGGGUGACGUCUCUCAGUUCCGCACCUCCGUGGUGAGCAAAGAUCAUGUCAACAUCUGCCAGACGAAUAAGAGUCACUGCGUAGUGCGCAACAUGCAGUGCGGUCUGACCUACAACGUCACAGUGGUGGCCCAAGAUGAGACCUGCAACAGCUCCCAGAGCCUCACAAAGCAGGUCCUUACAGCUCCUUGUCCUCUCCCGACCUUCUCCCCCACUGUCAACUGUACCACCGGCGUUGUUUCUGUAACUUGGAAUAACAGUGUGCCGGGGGUCGUGUACAUGGUGUCGGCGGUUGACGCCACAGGUCGCCGACAAAACUGCAGCGGCACAAACGGCUGUGAUCUUAGCACGCUGAAGUGCGGGAAGGAGUACAACAUCACCAUCACACCAUCCAGGAAUGAAUGUGUGGGCAGAGACAGCCCCACAAAAAUGAUCAAGACAGUUCCCUGCGUACCUUACCUGUCCGACGUGGAGAUUGACUGCCUGACAAACUCAGCCUGGGUGAUGUAUGAGGAGUCUGCCGGGGGUGAGGAGUACGUCGUCAUGGCGACAGACAGCCAGGGUGACAUCCAGACAUUUGAGUGUAAUUCCACGUCAGAUGGGAUUUGCGAUCUUCCGCCGCUGAUGUGCAGCCAAAACCUCACUUUCACCAUCAAGGCCCGCGACCAGCAGUGUCCCAGUGCACCCAGCAACGCUGUCACAAAUGAGACUGCUCCCUGUCCUCCUGAGGACGUAAAGAAAUCAGUGGGCUGCGACAAUCGCACGGUCGGCAUCACCUGGUCAGCUGUUCCCGGUGCGCUAACGUACACGGCCAUGCUGGAGCAGAUAAACGGAGGAAGCACUUCCUGCUGCACCACGUCAGACACCGGAUGUGGCAUCCCCAAUCUGCCGUGUGGAGAAAUGUACAUUUUGCAGGUUAUGGCAGAGGGACGAACUUGCAACAGCUCCCAGAGCGAUGAGGACAUUGUCAUGACAGUGCCAUGCGUUCCUCAGAACCUCAAAGCCAAUCUGAGCUGCAGCAACAAUGUGGCCUCCAUGUCGUGGAACAGCAGCAGGUUAGGACAGGUUUACAGAGUGAAGGCUGUGGCUGCAGAUGGCCACAUGCACGAGUGCAGCUCCUUUGAGGACCAGUGUGAUCUGACAGGUCUGCACUGUGGACAGUAUUACACAGCUACCGUGGUGGCAGAGAACCAAGACUGCAAGAGCAAACCGAGUGACAGUGUGACAUUUAAGACUGUGCCGUGCACCCCUGCAAACAUCUCCUCUGCGGUGGCCUGUAAGGACAACAGUCUGACUGUGUCCUGGUCUAACAGCUCAGGAGCCGACUCCUACAUUGCCACAGUGCAGGACAGUAUCGGUCAGACCACAACCUGCCAGGGCACGACUGAGGGCUCCUGCAAUGUGACAGGACUCGGCUGCGGUCAGAUCUACCACGUGUCCGUGGUCUCCUCCGAUGGAUACUGCGACAGCCCGCCCUCCACUACUGUGGUUGAUACACCUUCAGUUCCCUGUAAGCCAACAAAUAUCAAGGCAGUGAUGGACUGCUACACGCUGAUGGCCUUGGUGGAGUGGUACCCAAGCGAUGGAGCUCUAUCGUACAUCGUCAUGGCCACCACCGCUUCAGGCCACAAUGUCACCUGUAAGGCCAACACAACCUACUGUAGUUUGGAAGGGCUGCUUUGUGGCAAGAGCUACUCUGUCUCUGUGAAAGCUGUUGGACAGACCUGCAGCAGCAUCGCUUACUGGACAGGACAACUGGUCACUGAGCCGUGCAUCCCUAUGCACAUCACCACUGAGUACAGCAUGACGAUCGGCCAGGUGCUGUGGGACACGGCCGCUGGUGCGGAUUCCUACACAGUUCAAGGGGUAACAGAGCAGGGCCUGAUAGUCUCCUGCACCACCCCAGGCACCAACUGUGCCCUGUACAACAUGAACUGUGGCCAGACGUACAUCAUCAACGUGACAGCAAACAAUGACGUGUGCCAGGGCGUGUCCACCUCGACCGAAUCAGUUACAAUUACGACAGAGCCUUGCCCUCCCAACGAUGUGCGGACCAGUGUUCAGUGUCAGAGCGACGUGGGAAUCGUGUCGUGGGAGGCCAGCUUUGGUGCGGUGGGCUACGAAGCUCGUCUUGCCGGGCGCGAUGGCCACUCUCUGUCCUGCUACACCAACGACACUUUCUGUAAUGUAAAAGGCCUUCACUGUGGAGUCGUCUACUACACCCGAGUCAUGGCCAUCGGAGAGACACUCAACAGUAGCCUCUCCACUACUGUCCUGCUGGUCUCAGCUCCAUGUGCAGCUGGGAAUGUGGCAGCUAAUUUGGAUUGCUACAACAACACAGCCAAAGUCUCCUGGAGCUCAGCUAAUGGAGGAAACUCCUACAAGGUAACUGCCGUAGGAGCGUCUGGCCACUGGGCUUCAUGCGAGACCGCCGAGCUGCAGUGUGAUUUGACUGUGUUGCAGUGUGGUCAGAUGUAUAACGUCAGCCUCACAACCAUCAGCGAACAAUGCCAGACCGAGACACUCACGAAUGUCACGUUCAGCACACGGCCCUGUAAACCUCUGCGUGUUGGAGUGGACCUGCAGUGUGGGAUGAAUACAGCCACCAUGUACUGGGAGGAAAGUGGGGGAGUGGAGCUCUACAUGGCUACUGCCAACAGCAGCAUGGGGAUGACUCUGAAGUGCAACUCCACCAACUCCACCUGCCAGUUCCCAAACUUGUACUGCGGGAAAACCUACACAUUCUCUGUAACUGCAUACAGUAAGAUGUGUUACAGUGAAAUCAGCAGAACGGUGGAGAUUCAGACAGACCCCUGCCGGCCGACUGGCCUGACAGUCACUGGGUCCUGUAACAACGAGACAGUGGUGUUGGAUUGGUUGGUGGCUCAAGGGGCAUUAGUCUACGUGGUGACAGUCACAGGAGACCUGGGGUACGCCACAGCUUUCCAAACCAAUAUGACAAGAGUAGAGGCUCAGCUGCCCUGCGGACAACUAUUCAUCUUCAAUGUAACAGCUCAAAAUGAUCGAUGUGACAGCGCUGUGAGCCUGCCUAAAAAAUUCAAGACAGGUCCCUGCGUGCCUGAGCAUGUAAAGAGCUUUACACAGUGUGAGAACAGUCUGGGCUCGGUCAGCUGGGGCAAAAGCGAUGGGGCCGAGUCCUACAUGGCCAUCGCAAUAGGACUGGACGGCCACACCCACAUGUGCACCACAAACACCACCAGCUGCACCUGGGACGACUUGCACUGUGGAGAGCAGUACACAAUUCACGUCAUUGCAAACGACUACCUUUGCAGCAGCACGGCGAGCAACAGCACUUCAAUACGAAUGGCACCCUGUAUUCCUCAGAACUUGAAAUCAUCUCUGAACUGCACAAUGAAGGUGGGAUCGCUGACCUGGAAUGCCAGCGCAACUGCUGAGUUUUACGCUGUGACGGCAAAGACCAACAAUGGCCACCAAGUGCAGCUUAGCACCAAUGAAACCUGGACCUUCAUUUCUGAGUUCCUGUGUGGCCAGGAGUACUUCCUGUAUGUUCAGGCAGUAGACUCUGUGUGCACAAGCCUCCCCAGUCAGCCAUCAACGCUCGAGUCAGAGCCCUGUCCUCCUACCGGCGUCUCCAGCUUCAUGAACUGCAUCUCUAACAUCGCUGUGGUCUCGUGGAACAGCUCGGCUGGGGCGGACUUCUACACUGCCACAGUGACACAGGGAGACGGCCAAUCACAAAGCUGCUGGUCUGACAGCAAGCAGUGUGGCAUGCCCAACAUCAACUGUGGACAGAACUACACAGUGACGGUCGUUGCCUCGAAUGAGAAGUGCAACUCUGAUACCAGCCAGGCUAACACACUGCAGUCAGUGCCCUGUAUUCCUACUGGCGUGGAUGUGAAGAUGGACUGCUCUACUAAUAAGGCUCUCGUGUCCUGGAUUUCCAGCAAGGGCGCCCUGUCUUACAAAGUGACGGCUCAGAGCACACAGGGAGCCAUGUCCUUCUGCCAGAGUACAAAGCUAAUGUGCACCUUGGCCAACCUGACCUGUGGGCAGGACUACUCUGUCCAGGUGGUGGCGCAGGAUGAUAUUUGCUCAAGUUUACCGAGCCAAGCUACAAAGUUCGCAUCAGUUCCCUGCACACCUAGCAUCGGUUCAGUGGUUCUGGACUGCUUCACCAACUCGGCCCUCUUGGACUGGGCCUACGCCGAGGGUGCCCUGAACUACACCGCUACAGCCCAGACCUCUAGCGGCCAUGUUUCCACCUGCACCUCCAACUUCACCAACUGCGAGCUGAUGGACCUGCAGUGUGGUCAGACCUAUAAUGUUUUCACUGUGGCCUCAAAUGAAAAUUGCAGCAGCCCUCCAAGCACCAUGUUGCAGGUGGAGUCAGUGCCUUGUCUCCCUGGCGAUGUUGUGACCGUGCUGAACUGCUCUACCAACACAGCCCUUGUGAAGUGGCAGGCCAGCAUAGGGGCCGAUUACUAUAUUGUCCAAGCCUUCGGUGUGGAAGAACAUGAAUCUGGCUGUGAGACAGACACACAGUCCUGCGUCCUCCCAGACCUUAUGUGUGGCUUCACCUACAACAUCAGUGUGAUUGCUGUCAAUAGCAUGUGCAAUGUAUCGCAGAGUGACAUGACACAGCUGCAAGCAGUGCCCUGUGUACCACAGCAGGUGAAGGCCCAGGUGGUUUGUAAGUCUGGCGCUGUGGCGGUCUCCUGGGAGCCCAGCAAAGACGCAUCAUUAUACACCACAGUUGCCCAGGGCAAUGGUGGCUACGCGUCAACGUGCAAGACCAACGGGACAACAUGCCUCUUCAAUGACUUGCUGUGUGGCCUAAACUACUCCAUCACUGUUAGUGCUUCAGAUGAGACGUGUAGCAGCGCUAGAAGCUCUGCUGUGCAGCUCAACACAGUGUCAUGCGUACCACGGAAUGUAACAGCAAAGAUGGUGUGCAGUAAUAACACAGGCGUUGUGUCAUGGGAAGGAGAGGGUGUGUACUCCUACAUGGUGCAAGCUUUUGGGCCCGAUGGCCACAAGAUGCAGUGUAACAGCACCACAACCAAUUGCCAGCUACCCAACAUGCAUUGUGGCCAGCUCUACAACCUGACAGUGACAGCUCAGGAUGGACUGUGUGACAACAGCCGUGCCUACCUCAACCUGCAGUCAGUGCCUUGCAGGCCAACCUACGUCAAGGCUUCCCUAUUGUGCUACUCAAACUCUGCUGCAGUGACAUGGGAGCAAGCCAGUGGAGCGCUCUCCUAUCUUGCCGUGGGUGUUACAGCAAACGGAAGCUACCAGACUGAAUGUAACAACACCAUGACCUACUGUACUCUGAGAAACCUGCAGUGUGGACAGACCUACAAUGUGAGCGUGUUCAGCCAGGAUGAGUCCUGCUCCAGUGUGGCGAGCGACAAGGCUUACAUGCGGACAGCCCCCUGCGCACCCCAGGAUGUGGCUGUUAAUACACAGUGUGAUGAUGGUGCCAUGAAUGUGUCAUGGUCCCCCAACCCCGACGCCCAGUACUUCCACGUAGCAGCAGUGAGCAACACUGGGGCAAGACUCUACUGUAACUCCAGUAACACUUAUUGCAACAUAAGCGGUCUACCAUGUGGACAGAAAUACAACGUGACUGUGCUGUCCGUGAGAGAUGACUGUGAGAGUAAGCCCAGUGCUGUGGUAAAGACUUCCUCAGCUCCAUGUGUGCCCAGGAACGCUGAGGGCCAUCUGGACUGCGUAUCAAACUCUGCUUGGGUGGCGUGGGAUGCCUCAGAAGGAGCUCUCAGCUACUUUGUGCUGGCCAAAGGGGUCGGAGGUCACAACUCCAGCUGCACUACCACCACCUCUCCCUGUAAUGUCCCAGAUCUGAAAUGUGGAACGCGUUACACCUUCCACGUCACUGCUGUCAACAAAUACUGCAACAGUAAUCACAGCACCCCCUUUGAACUCGAGACAGGUCCCUGUGCUCUAAACUCCGUUAGUGUAGUGACAGAAUGCGACAGCGACACAAUCCUGGUUAACUGGGAGAUCACGAAGGACGCACCGCUCUACCUUGUGACCGCUGAGGGCCAUGACCAAACCCUCAUAUCCUGUAACAGCUCCUCCAACUCAUGUGUACUCCCAGAUAUCCGCUGUGACAUGCAAUAUAGCAUCAUAGUAUCAGCUUCUUCUGAUAAGUGCAGCAGCCUCAGAAGCCCACCAAAGAAGAUCCAAACAGCGCCCUGUGUCCCAGACAAUGUGACAGUGUUAGCAUCAUGUGAGAAGAAUGGCGCCAGAGUGACGUGGGGACAAUCCCCUGUGGCUACAUCCUACCUUCUGACAGCCACAGGAAGGGAUGGACAUGUUGCAAGCUGCAACACUUCAGUAACCAACUGCAACCUGACUGAUCUGCACUGCGGACAGACGUACAGCUUAAACAUCACUGCCAGUGGAGACAACUGCACCAGCAAGCCCCGCACUUCAUCCUUCAGAACAGUGCCCUGUGAUCCCUCUGGUCUUGCAGUGGAUAUUAAUUGUGGGACCAACUCUGCCAUGCUGUCUUGGGGUGCCAGUGAGGGCACUGUGGAGUAUUUGGGCUUUGCCCAAGCUAUGGAUGGAGACAUGCUCUACUGCCACAGCACUGUCCCCUUCUGCACCAUUGAAGGCCUAGAAUGUGGUCACGUUUACAAUUUCUCUGUUAAAGCCUCAAAUGGUGUCUGCAACAGCUCGCUCAGUGCACCUCUGCAGGCGGGAGCAGCUCCAUGCGCUCCGACUGCUCUGAAAGUCCGAAUGCAGAAGAUAGGCCAAGCUCACUGGGCCAUGACGUCAUGGGACAGCGUCAAUUGUUCCGACGUUGAGUACCUUGCGGAGAUAACCGGACAAAUCCAGAACAACCCACAAGCCCUGAUGGAUGUCUUUUCCUACUGGCUGCCCAGGAGAUACUUUGAGUUCCCAAUGCCUUGCAGCACAGCUUAUAACCUCACUAUACGCGCCAGAAACUCAGGCGGGGUCAGCAAGCCAUCCACUGCCUUUACUGGAGUCACAGUCCCCUGUUCUCCACAGAAUGUGAGAUACAGUGGUAACAGAGACUCUGCUGUGCUUUCCUGGGAUGCAUCAGUGUUUGCCACAAGGUACACUGUCUACAGUGUGUCGGGGUCAGGCCAUGUCGAGCUUUGCAACACCACUGGGCUCUACUGCCAGCUGACCAACUUCUAUCCUAACGCCACUGAAGUGACAGCAAGCAAUGCAGUGGGAGAGAGCAUCCCUAACCGAAAUAUUACAGGUCCAGUACAAGCUCGCAGAAGAAGAGAUUUGCGGGCCAGUGAAAUCUUUGCCGAUUUUGACAAAGAUCUUGAAACCCCAGAAGUGACUGUGACAGUAAGUGGAGUUUCCUUGUAUGUGAAUUGGACGACAGUGAAGGAUGCGACAGAGUACACACUUGUGAUUGAGGAGGAACAGAAAGACCAGGAGGCCAUUCAGCCACCUAUAGUGAGAACCACGGAAGGUAAUUUUUACAAAGUGACUGACCUCGAGCCUUGGACCACCUACUGCAUCAGGCUGGCAGCCAAAAACACCAUCAAGCAAAGCAACUACUCCAUUAGGCCAAUAUGCAGAAGCACUGGUGCCUCCAAAUGAACCACAGAUCCACUUAUUAAAUAGACACUGGACUCAGCAGAAAUAAGGGUUAUAGUUUUCUUCACUCUGUAGCAUCCAUAACAUAACUGUUAACAGUUCAAUCUCUACAAACUUUAGAAGGAAAAUUGUAAAAAGAAAGUAAUUACAACUACAAAGCUACAGCAUCAUUCUUCUGUUUGGGGUAUGUCUUACAUACCACGAAUACAUUGUGAUCAAACCUGAGGAGAACCUUUAAAUUUGAAUGCUUAUGAAUCUUUGUUAGCAUUAGCAUAUAUACAUUUUCAUUAUUUUGGCUGGUAUCAUAGCAUAACAAUGUAUUGCUGAAAUUCUAUUUAUCAAAAAUGGUUUUAUUUUCGAGAUAGGUUAUUAAGAUUCUCUGGAUGAUCGUUAAACUAAAAAAGUAGUGUAAACAAAUAAACUCAUAAUUUAUCAAGCGAUAUUUUUUAAAACCAUGCAGUAUACUGUAUUUCCUUUACUGUACUGUAUAUGUACUAUGUGAC